AUGCCAACCGUUGACAAUGACCACGAGCUGUCGCGACUCGCUCUGACGCGGAUGGAUACCGGCCAAGCCAUGACACUCUGGUACACCGAUAUAUUGAGCCCCGGUGCAGUGAGCGGCGCAGGUGCAAACGCAGAAAGCUCCCGCGACGCUCUCGAUGUCCGCUAUUCGCUGGCCGCACUUGCAGACGACUAUACAAAGCGAAAACACGUGGUUCGGGUCACAACAGCGGCUGGUGCAGAAUUAUUGCUUCAAGCUGAAGGUGCAGCAGAUGCGCAAAGAUGGCUGGCGGCGCUACGCAGACACUCGGCCGAGCCACCUCCCGCGGAGCCCGCUCCCCUUCCCGCCCCAACGACUACCCCUCCCGCAGACAGCUCAUCUCCCCUCCCGCCACAGAGGAACAAGAAGAUCGGAAGGAAUAGAUCACCUACAGUAUCAAUGGUAGGCCCACCAACGCCCACACUACCCUCGUCUCCCAAAAACAAAACGUGGAAAGGUCGCAUGGCUAAACAACUACGGCGAAUGCAUCCAGGAACCGCUGGGCCCCCGGCUCCCCCUGCUGUCACAGGUUGGCUCGGCGCUCCCCUCGAACGGUGCCCAUCAGACCCCAGUCAUCCAACGGUACCCCGCGCUGUUACACUACCUGCUGAAGCUGUUGAGGCUUAUGGUCUUCGAACAGUAGGCGUAUACAGAGUGCCUGGUAAUGCAGCAGGUGUCGCAGCCCUUGCAGCUGCUUUGGACAGGGGGGAACCUCCACCAGAAGGAGACCCUCGAUGGGCAGAUGUGCACGUCGCUUCAAGUCUCUUGAAGGCAUACCUUCGAAGACUGCCUGACCCAUUACUUACCGCUGAGAUGUAUCCGGCGUUUAUAGCUGCGGACAGAUCCACCGAGCGCGCUCGCGAGCUAAGACGCCUCGUACAAGCGCUACCAGAGGCUCACUACGAAACACUAAAGUACCUUAUUCAACAUUUGAGACGAGUGGCGUCGCAGGCGCAUCACAACAAGAUGGAGGCGCGUAACCUCGCUAUUGUGUUCGGUCCGACGCUCGUGCGCGCAGCCAGUGAUGAUAUGCUGGCAAUGGUGAAUGACAUGUCCAGUCAGUGCCGGAUUAUCGAGUCUUUUCUUACGCAUUACACGUGGUACUUCGAGGAGGAAGAGGGCAGCCCCCCCCCUCGGAACCUCCCCCCCUCCUCCGACCCCCUCUCACCUGCGCCUGCGCCUUCCAGGGACCUGCUCAUACACAACGUCAAGAAGAUUGAAGGCAAAGACGUGUCCACCCGGGACAUAGUCUCGUCGAUAAUAUCAGCGGCGAACCGCAAGAUCCAGCGCAAGCCGCGCAAGAGCGAGAAGAAAUGGGAGAGCGAGAAGCGCUCCCCCUCCCCGCCUCGCUCGCCCCCCGCGCACCUCACCACGCCCCUCGCGCGCUACGACGGCCUCACGCACUACGCGAGUGACGCUAAUAACAAAAUCGAGAUGGAAACUAUUACUAAUGUAAGUCGAGGUCGGCAGGAGAUUUCGCGGCACACACUGAACAACUUCUCUAUUGACGGAACAGGAGAUCUAGUGUCUUCUCUCACCAGUACCUUCGAUCAGAAACUGCGGACGCUCAACAACUCGUCCCCGCUCGACGACGGCAGCAUUCCUUACGCGGACGAAUGUCAAGACGACAACGAGGAAGCGAAGUCCACGGAGAGCACGCCCUCCGAGACGAGUCUGCAAAGCGAACGCGAGGAACGGGUGUCUCCGGCGAUCCGCGCUCACGAGUUAAAGGCGGCUUGGCUCGCGAGAGACCACCGUCAUUCCUCUUCCUCCAGCGCCGACGAACCCGACGCGCGUUGGCCUCGGGCUCGCCUCGCGAGAGACGACGGCGACGACUCGGAGAAAGAAAACUGUAUCAUUCCCAAGAAAACUAGUCACGAGGAACGCAACGACGAGAAGGACGUCGACACGAGAUCCCAGAACUCCAGCGGAGGUGGCACUCUUCCCGACAAUGACAAACGACCGUAUCCCACUUACAAGCUACGGCUCUCCAACCCGGAGUGCGUCAAACGAAACAGCGCGGCGCUCGAUGAGGCCAACGCGGAAAAUGAAAAGGAAGACGACUGUGCCAAACUUAAGCGGUCGGAAUCGCUCAACAGAGAAGAGAGAAGCGAAACUCGCGUCCUCAGAUCUGAGAGCCUCAAUUGCCGAGUGGAACGAUUGCAACGCUCCGAGUCGUUGAACAAAGGGGAGCGUUUGAGUAAAAUAGAGAAGGGCGAGUGGAACAUCGUCCGGCGGAGGGAAGCCGGCGCUUGGCGGUCGACAAAGUUGAAGCGAAAGAACGGGAUGCCCGAGAGAGGCAUAAAACGCAGGCACACGGUGGGCGGCACCAAGGAUUUCGAUAAAGAUGGCUGGUCUGCGCGACACACCCGUACGUCUUCGCCGGACUUGACGGGCGGUGUUUGGCCAGUCUCACUGGUGCCGCCUCCCCGACCGCCUCUCGAGUCGCACGUCUGA